ACUAAACUGUUAAAAAAUGGCAACCCGCUUAGCAUGUGCAGUAGGCCUAUCUCGCGAGCCAUUGAAAAGAUAUUUAAUACAGUUCGCCCAUGAUCAUCUUGAUUUUCGAUUGCAGGAAGUGAAAUCCAUCAUUUCUCUACUUGGCUGCAAAGCUUUACUAAAAGAUGAUGACCUAGGUAAAGGGAACCCUUUUAUGGAACUGGAACUGUCCAGUGAGACAGAUGCAAAGGCUAUCAUGCACAGAUCUGUCCUCAGCAAGAGAAUCUAUGAACUUUGGGCAGAUGGAGAGUGUCUUUCUGAAGUUUGUGAGAAAAUAAAUCUUUUGCCUGAGGAGAUUACAGCCCCUUACACUCAGGAGAGCAGCAGUUUCCGCAUCAUGGUAGAAGCUUUUAACAAGAAAAUAAGUACAUCCGAGAAGAUUAAGAGAAUUGAGCAACUAACAACAGUGAACAGCACGUUCCGAGGGAAAAUUGACCUCAGUUGCCCAGACCACAGCUUCCAUUUAUUGGAGUUUUAUAAAUUUGAUUCCGUCGUCGCAGCCACGAAGCCAGAAAAAGUUUAUUUUGGAAGAUGGGUAACAGAUGGUCAGAGAAACAAGAUACAAGAAUAUCAUCUACAGAAAAGACAUUUCAUUGCCAAUACAAGUAUGGAUGCCUGUUUAUCUCUGGUGAUGGCCAACCUGGCACAGGUCAAGCAAGAUGACCUUGUUAUUGACCCCUUUGUUGGCUCAGGCAGUUUGCUGGUGUCCAGUGCACAUUAUGGAGCUUUUGUUUUGGGCACAGAUAUUGACUACCUGCUACUUCAUGCUAGAGCUCGACCAAGCAGAGCCAAGCAGACAAAAAGGUCUAUAGAUGAGAGUGUGUGGAGCAACCUCAAGCAGUACGGGCUAGAGAGUAGAUACCUGGACGUGCUGGUGGCAGACGCCUCACAACUGACCAUGUGGAGGGAUAACAUCAGAUUUGAUGCCAUCAUUACAGACCCUCCAUAUGGCAUUCGGGAGGCUGCUGCAAAGAUAUCAACAAAAGAGAAUUCGGAUAAAAAAAUAACAGAUCCGGAGGCGCCUAGGUACCCCCAGAAAUCCCAGUAUCAACUAGGAGAUAUUUUCUGUGACCUCCUCAACUUUGCUGCCAAAUAUUUGACCAUAGGAGGUCGUCUAGUGUAUUGGCUGCCAAUUUACAAACCUGACUACAGUGAGUCCAACAUCCCCCAACACCCGUGCCUUAGGCUCGAGUCCAACUGUGAGCAGCCUUUAAACACCAGCAUAUCCAGACGUCUGAUAACAAUGCAAAAAAUAGCAGAAGUCCAGAAUGUUGUCACGAAGAGAGAAGCUACAAUUAUGCUAGACAACUUUCAAAGUUUUAGAAAAAACUAUUUCAAGCCCUUAGAUUCAUCAAAGGGCAAGAGUCAAGGCCACAACAGUUGUAGUGACACAGAAAGCUAGCACAAGUUAUUGAAAUAGAGACACUAAAACAACAUCCACCCCAAUAGUUAUAGUGACACAGACAGUUAGCACAAAUUAUUGAAAUAGAGACACUAAAACAACAUCCACCCCAACAGUUGACACUAGAACACUUUAAAACUAUUAAAUUAUUUGCUGCGUUACAUUCUUCCUUCUUUCUCCACCAUACACAGAAAGUUCAUCUUAAACUCAUCCUAAAUCUGACCAACCUAAAUGCAUUUUUUUAUAAUCUCUCAGCAAAUCAUGGAGCUCAAGUAUUAUAAUUGUUCUAAUUAAAAAACUUGAUGCACCAACCCUCAGUAAAUUAAGUUAAUUAUGAAAUCAUUAAACCUGUAGAUAUUGUACUGAGUAUUUUAAUGUCAUUAAGUUAAUUAAAAUGUGUAAGAUUGUACUGAUUGAUUUUAGUUGCAUGUCAGCAUCCCAGCACUAGGUGUGGAGUUGACUGAUGAGUCCAUGUAGUGUGACUUGAUUCAGGUGUGGAGUUGACUGCUGAGUGCAUGUAGUGUGACUUGAUUUAGAUGUGGAGUUGACUGAUGAGUGCAUGUAGUGUGACUUGAUCCAGGUGUGGAGUUGACUGCUGAGUGCAUGUAGUGUGACUUGAUCCAGGUGUGGAGUUGACUGAUGAGUGCAUGUAGUGUGACUUGAUCUAGAUGUGGAGUUGACUGAUGAGUGCAUGUAGUGUGACUUGAUCCAGAUGUGGAGUUGACUGAUGAGUGCAUGAAGUGUGACUUGAUCCAGAUUUAAUGGGUUAGUUCAUUAACUCUCAACGGCUGUUUAGUGAAGGAUAGCAUCAACUAGAGCAUGUUGUAAAGCUGAUAUAAAUUUUGAUUGAAUUAAAUUGAUUUUGUAAAGCUGAUAUAAAUGUUGAUUAAAUUCAAGUCAAAAAC